CGAUAAUCUCAACCACCCUCGACUGUGCCUUGGACCCCGUGCGACUCUCCAGCACACGUCAUGUCGCCCGCCAGCGAGGCUGCAGCCCCCUCAGGCGCCACCGAUGCCGUUUUGAAGCCGUCUGAGCCCGUGCCCGCAGAUGCCAAAGAGGUCCGUGGCAUCGACUUUGACGACUAUGCAGGCCGCAGCAUCACCGUCGAGGAGCUGGUCGCAGGCUACGCGCAGAUGGGCUUCCAGGCGACGUCCGUUGGGGACGCCGUGCGCAUCAUCAAUGGCAUGCGCGCAUGGAAGGACCCGGAGACCAAUGAGGGCACGACGAUCUUCCUAGGAUACACGUCUAACCUGAUCUCGUCCGGUCUGCGGGAAACACUGCGAUACCUGGUGCAACACAAACACGUCUCCGCCAUUGUCACCACUGCUGGUGGCGUUGAGGAAGACUUCAUCAAGUGCCUUGCACCAACGUAUCUCGGCGCCUUCUCCACGCCCGGCGCUGGCCUGCGCGCCAAAGGAAUGAACAGAAUAGGUAAUCUCGUGGUGCCAAACAGCAACUAUUGCGCCUUCGAAGACUGGGUCGUGCCCAUUCUGGACACGAUGCUUGAGGAGCAGGAGGCGAGCAAGAAGACAGAGGAGCCACUGCACUGGACACCGAGCAAGAUGAUCCACCGUCUAGGCAAGGAGAUCAACGACGAGCGCUCCGUCUACUAUUGGGCGUGGAAGAACGACAUCCCCGUCUUCUGUCCCGCGUUGACUGACGGCAGUCUUGGCGACAUGCUGUACUUCCACACGUUUAAGGCAUCGCCAGAGCAGUUGCGUGUCGAUAUUGUAGAAGACAUCCGGAAAAUCAACACAAUCGCCGUGCGGGCAAAGAGGACAGGCAUGAUUGUGCUAGGUGGAGGUAUUGUCAAGCACCACAUCGCCAACGCCAACUUGAUGCGCAACGGAGCAGAGAGCGCUGUGUAUGUCAACACAGCCCAGGAAUUUGACGGGAGUGAUGCAGGAGCACGACCAGAUGAGGCUGUCAGCUGGGGCAAGAUCAAACUGGACGGCGACAGCGUGAAGGUCUAUGCAGAGGCGACCGUGGUCUUUCCACUCAUAGUGGCUGCGACAUUUGCGACCGGGCAGCAGACCGAAAGACAGUAGGUAGCAUAUUGUAGACUACAACCAUGACGCACUGCUUGCAAAUACGACUCUUCAACAAGAGCAGCAGUGCAAGGCCGACAACGCGCAGUUGUGUGUUCCGGUGACUUUGGCACGAUCAACAGGGUGUUGAACGCCGCGCUGCACAAGGUUUGGCGUGCGUUAGACGAUGCGGGAGCUGCAGGGAAACCGCGGGGGUCGGUCGCAGCUUCCACCUUCGCCGUUAGUCUCAACAGAGCUAAGUACCCUUCCGCCUAGCAAAUGUGGA